UGUUUACAGUUUUAUUUGUUGACUUAAAUAUUUGUUUUUACUGAUCUACGACUUCUUGAUUUUUACUUAUGACUGUACGUCAGCUGAGCUUUAUACGAACGUGUAUCUGGAAUCAUGUUUAAUAAUUUUUAGAAAAGUAUGUUUAUAUUUGAAGUUUUGAAUACUACGCGAAAUGUUUUUACGUAAAUCUUGUGCUGUGAUUUUCUACGGAUUGUGUAUAACAGUGACUUUAUAUCCAGUCAUUUGAGGCUAUCUUUCUGUGAUGGGUAAUAUGAUGAGUGAUAAGGCAGGUUUUUAAAUUUAUUCAAAAGUCAUGGGGUGAUUGGAAUCUACAAUAAAAUUCACAAUGGUUUCUUUGGAAUCACCAGCUGGAAAAUCUGUUCCAGUAUGGUAUGCUGUUCAUCGACUGCCUUCAGUACGUCUCUCCAGGGUCAUAGGGAUGCUCUUGUUUAUUUUAGUUAUGGUACCUCUUUUUACACACUAUUAUUUAUCUAAGUUUAUAAGAGAUAGUCCCACUGCAGAGAUACAUCACAAAGGAGUACAGAUGGAAGAUUUAGAGUCAAUUAAAGCUGUUGAUUUAAAGGGCAGGAUAGAAGAAAUGAUUCGUAUUAAGAUUUCAGUCAGCGAUGAACUCAGAGAUCUAGAAAGUCGAAGACAAAGAUUGCAGUCAGAUAUAUCUAUUCUAAGUCAGAGGAUGGAAGACUUGAAAGCAGAUUACACUCACCAACAAGUUGAAUUAGAACGCUUGAGGGUGUCUGUAGAACAAGCACAGUAUGCUCAGAAGGAAGUUCAAGAAAAAAAUAGCCCUCACAUAUCUCCUCCAAAACGUAUUCUUCCAUCUCUUGAGGAUGGAAUAUUUUUGUCUUCUGCCAGUAUGAAAGGAAUUCAAUCUUGCCGCACUCAUCUGUGCUUUGAUUUUUCAAGGUGUUCACUUACAUCUGGCUUCCCUGUGUAUUUCUAUCAUCCAGAUGAUUUUGGUUCCUGGAAUCCAGAAGAUCAACUUCUCAAAAGUGCAAUCACUGAAGCUUUGAAUAUUAACAUUCAUAUUACUUUUGAUCCAACUAUAGCAUGUGUCUAUGUUGUUCUUGUGGGAGAAAUUCAUGAGAAAAGUGAUACUGCAUCUUUAGAAAAUUAUCUUAAAUCUUUGACCCAUUGGAAUGGGGAUGGGCGCAAUCAUAUUUUAUUAAACUUAGCAUUAGAAGCUAGUCGUACCAGACUUUUCGCAGGAGUGAACACUGGCCGUGCCAUAAUUGUCCAACCUUGUUUUCAUGCAAAUGAGUUCCGCAGUGGUUUUGAUAUAAUAGCACCACCUUUGAUACUUAAAAAAGACCGCAUUUCUGAAAUAUAUUUAUAUUCUCCUGCCCGUAGGAAAUUUUUAUUAUCAUACCAAGGAGAAUACAGAACAUUCAAAUCAUCCUCACAAAAUAAUUCUCAAAAGCCUUCUGCAUCUUCAUUUCCCAAUUCAAAUAAUGAUUCAGAAGAUUUAGUCAAGAUCUCAAGAAUAAGGAAAGACAGUGAUGAUGUUGAGGAAUCAAUAAUAGAUGUGCUAAAAAAAAUGCAGCUGUCCAACUUUGGUGAUAAUUUCUUCUUUCAGUUUUCGUGUGCAGGCAGUACUGUGCCUGGUUUGGAUUCUGAGUGGCUUUUGUGUGGUUCAUAUGAAAGUAGAACCUCUAUUUUAAAAGAUUCUACAUUUUCUCUUCUCAUAAGCCCUGCAAAUUAUAAUUUAAUUAGUACACCACAAAUACAUAUUCGAAUAUAUGAAGCUCUAAAGACUGGUGCUAUACCUGUAAUCCUUGGGAACCACAUUAAUCUGCCAUUUAGUGAGUUUCUGGACUGGAACAGAGCUGCCAUCAUACUACCCAAAGCAAGAGUUACAGAGUUACAUUAUUACCUUAGGACUUUUACUGAUAAUGACAUAAUGGCCAUGCGACAUCAAGGUCGUAUGCUCUUUGAUCAUUAUUUUGCCAAUCCUCGUCAAGUUAUAGCAACAAUUCUUGCAGUUAUAAGGAAUAGAAUUCAAAUUCCUGCACCUGCAGCAAGGGAAGAGACUUCUCCAAGUGUCUUCAAUGGAACAUUUCGUCCAUUAAGAGCUGAAUUUGCUGCUGUUCAAGAUCCUGACCCAGAGGAGAAUCUUGGACCUGUUGAGUCACCUUUUCCUUCACUUAGUUUUCAAAGAAAUCUCACAUAUACGAAUGCACAGCGUUAUUUUGUGUGGAAUGAUGUAGCUGAUCCUUUUACUUUAUAUCCCUCUACACCAUUCGAUCCAUUACUGCCAUCAGAGUCAAAAUUUGUUGGGUCUAGUUUUGGUUUUCGACCUAUAGGCCAAGGAACUGGUGGAGCUGGUAAAGAAUUCAGUGAAGCUCUGGGAGGUAAUUCUCCUAGAGAACAAUUCACGAUUGUCAUGCUGACGUAUGAAAGGGAAGCUGUUCUGAUAGAUUCUCUUCAAAGAUUGCGUGGAUUACCAUAUUUGAACAAAGUAGUUGUAGUGUGGAACAGUGAUCAUCUUCCCUCAUCAGAUCUUCGAUGGCCUGAAAUUGGAGUUCCUAUUCAUGUUAUAAAAGCAAAGAAAAAUAGCUUGAAUAACCGUUUUUUGCCUUAUGACGCCGUAGAAACAGAGGCAGUUCUAUCUGUAGACGAUGAUGCUCAUUUGCGGCAUGAUGAAAUUGUUUUUGGUUUUAGAGUUUGGAGGGAAGCUAGGGAUCGUAUUGUAGGUUUUCCUGGACGAUACCAUGCCUGGGAUUCUCUGAAUGGUGGAUGGUUAUACAACUCAAACUAUUCUUGUGAAUUGUCUAUGGUUUUAACUGGAGCUGCUUUCUUUCACAAGUAUUACACUUAUUUAUACACUUACUCUAUGCCUCAAGUGAUUCGGGACAAAGUGGAUGAAUACAUGAAUUGUGAAGACAUUGCAAUGAAUUUUCUUGUAUCUCAUGUCACUAGAAAACCACCUGUCAAGGUAACAUCAAGGUGGACUUUCCGAUGUCCUGGUUGUCCGGUCUCUCUCUCUGAAGAGGAUUCACAUUUCCAAGAAAGACACAAAUGUAUUGAUCAUUUUGCUCAGGUUUAUGGUUACAUGCCUCUAUUAAACACCCAAUUUAGAGCUGACUCUGUCCUUUUUAAGACUAGAAUUCCCCAUGAUAAACAAAAAUGUUUUAAAUUUAUCUAAUUUUUGUUAAGUUUCGUUUGAAUCAUGUUGCGGAAUUUUUUACAUAUUACUAUGAAUAUUUUGCAAAAGCAUUUCAUUUCUCAAGUUUUACCUCCAGUAUGCAAGAUCUUAAUUAUGUUUUGUACUCUUAUCUAAGAUUUCUUUUUUUGUUUAAACAAAGUACAAGAGUUAUAUUGUUUUCCAUUAUCAUAUGUUCUGAAUGUUUACUGUAUAGUCUUAGCUUGAAUUUACGUUUUUGGUUUCUGUAUUUUAAUCAGAUUUUUAGAAUAAUGUUUCAGAAUCAUAUUUUGAAUAUUUUUUCAUUUAAAUUCUUAACUAUCCCCCCCUUCUGAGAAAAUUCAUGAAGGUAUUCUAAAGCAGUUAUCCUCUGACUGCUUUGCCAUAAUAAAUAUCGUAACUUAAUUGUUUUUAUAUUUAAAAAAAAUAUUAUAUCUGAAUUGAUAUCGUGCCAUUUAACUAUAAUGAUAUCUUCAUUAAAUUAUGGAUGCUGCUUUAUUAUGUUUUGUUAAUUUUUAGUGAAGAUAAUUUGUUAAACUUUUAUUGUUUUAUGUAUUUAUAAGUUGCCAUUCUUUGAGUGUUGAUAUGGUUUCCUUAAUUUUCAUCUUUAUUAUAUGAAAUUAGACAAAUCUUAUCUAUUACUGUACAGGUAUCUCCCUCAUAACAUGGUAGAAAGAUUCCUAAAUGUACCAUGUUUGUGUGAAACGAUGUUAUACAAGACUUAACAAUUAAUAUAAAAUGAAGGAAUGCAUUCUGAAAACUUUUUGAAAACAAAAUACUUUUUUAAUGACUCUCUCUAUUGCCUCAUUUAAAUUUAGACUUUUUUGCAAUGUGAGUUGUAAUUUUUUUCUCCAUUUAACAAAUGAUUCAAAACUUACAUUUUCAUCUCGAAAGAAAUAAACUUUCUUUUAAAUGUUGUUUCAUACUUUCAAACAUACUUUGGGACUGAAGUAUAAUUUUGCAAUAAUUAUUCUUAUAAAUAACAAGGAUUAUUGCCGAUGGAUACCCAAAAUGCUUUUUGUUAAGUUUAUUCCAAAAUUGUAGUUAUGCAUAUUAUGCAGUCUCCCAACAGAACAUUUGAAGCACAAGAUACAUACUGUGUAAAUGAUGGCCUUGACCCAGUUUCAAAAGAAUUUUGACCUGAAAAAAUGUGAGUAUUCCUGGAAUUUGUUUUUGUGUGUAUAAAUAGUAAGGUUAUUUUUGUGUACUACAUGCGCAAGCCGUAGUAACAUACUAUACCUUCACAUGUUAAUUUUGUAAAUGUUUAGAAUAAAAAUGUUGUUAUCGAAUAACUAUUGAAUAACUUACAUAGAUAAAGUGUUUUAAGAGGGUCUGCAUACAUUCAUUAAUGUUCUAGAAUAAAAAACUAUGUUAUCAUGCUAUAUACAAGGCUUUCUACAAAUUUCUUAUUAUGAGCAAAACUGUGUUAUAAGAGCGAUGCCUGUAUUUAAUUGUCUAAUUUAUGCUAUUAUAUUUUUCUGAUAGUAUAAAUAGUUUUAAUAUGAAUCAUUACCUGAAUUACUACUUGCACAUCAGUAUAAAUCUGGUGCUAUACUUCCUAAUUCUUGUUGUAUGCUAAACAGCAAAAUAAGAAAAUAUACCAUAGAUUUGUAGAUAAAUCAGUUUUUUAAUUAAUAUUAUCUUUAUUUCCAUUCAUAUUAUUAAAAGAAUUUUGCCCUUUAAAUAAUAUUACUUAUUUAUUUCUUAAUAUAUUUCUUAUUCUUUAAAUGCAAUUUAUUUACAUCUUUGUACAUUAUUCCUCCACUCUUCUAUUUAUUUCUUUGUUCAUUACUUAAUCAUAGUAUUCUUUAUUUAUUUAUUGUAUUUAAUUAAAUAAUUCUUAUAAGUGCAUUUUAUUUUCCAUUUUGAUUAACAUUUAUUAUGCUUCGGGAUAGUGAAAUAAUGUAAUUAUAUUUAUUUUACACCAUAUUAAAAAAAAAGUAUUGCAAUUUUAAAUCAAAUGAAGUUCAAAAGUUUCAGCAACCUGCUUAGAUGUGUGAGUGAUAGGAAAAACAUAAUGUUAAUUAAGACAACCAGUUCUAAUGAUAAUACAAUCAAAAAUUAUUUUAAAGUUUUUUUUGUAUUAGUGCCAUUGUUUAGUUCAAGUGUAAAUAUAUUUCAAUCCAAAAUGGAGGAAAAAAGACUUAGAGCUUAUCUAUACUGCCUCUUGAAAGUUAAGCAAUAAAUAUAUUAUGAAUGAAAAAUUCUUUAAUGAUCUGAAUAAAACUUUUAUAAUAAAUUAAUGCAGUGAUAGCAUAAUAAUGCAUAGCAGAAGAGUAAAUUCUAUGGGAAAUUUAAAUAACAGGAACCACUUGAGGAAAGUUGUUUUUUAUCUUGAAAUGGGCAAGAAUUGCUCAAAUAUGAAUAAACCAUUUUUUUUCCUAAACAGAAUUUAUGUUAUAGGAAACUCUACCUUUCUACAAAUUAUUUUUUUACAUAGUCUCCUCCUUUAUGAUACAUUUUUCAAAAGAUUUUUGCAGCCUUUCAUGUAGAAUGAAGCUGGGUGGGUAUCUAACCACUCAUAUACAAAUGUUUCUAGUUCAUCAUCAAGCUCAAAUUUCUUGUUCCCAAGUACUUCUUUGAAGGGUUUGAACAUGUGGAAAUUCAGUAUAAAAAAACCAUGGCUCUGAAGUAGACAAUCAAAUUUUAGCUUUCACAAGGUUUCUUUAACCUUUCCUCCUCCAAUUUAUGCUUGAUCGGCCCAGUGGUAAAGUCACCAAGGUUUGAAUCCCGCGAACAGGCUGUCUGCAUGUGCGUUUUGCGGUUUUUCCCAUGUGUAAUGUGUAUCCAAGCCAGUUGUCCUUAGAAAGUCUUCCACAAAGGCAUCCCUUCCCUUAGGCAGAUAGCUGUUGAGGCUUUGCUGUAAUUUAAUAAACCAAAGCAAUUCAUGCUUGCACACACUUUGAUUCUGGGGUGUAAUGAUACACCCAUGUCUCAUCAUAGUUGAUGAUUUUAUUCAAAAACAUUUCUGUUUCUUCUUCUUCAAAAGGAGUUAGAAACAAUAAAGAAAUACAAACUUGUGCAGCUUUUAAAUCAUCAUUCAGUGAGGAUGCUGGGAAUGAGCUUUAUCGGCAGCAUGUUCACAGCAUUGCUUGAAAUCAUUGCUAAAGGGUAUUUUGCCUGAAAUGAACUUGCAGUCUGCAGUAAGUUUUGCCAGGUUUUCUUUUCAGGCAACCAGGUUCAUUCAUGUAUUUUGUGUGGCCCCUUGCUGCACAGAAACUAUAUACUUACUAACAUACAUGCUUUCUCUGGAAUUCGAACCCAUUCCAGAUCCUUUGGUAUGGCAGUCAGUGUAACUAACAAGUAUCCCUUCUGGGCAGCCUUACUCUAGACGAGCGGCUCUCAACCUUUUGACUAACGUGUACCAUCUAAACAAAAAUUGAAAACCUUUAGUACCAACACUACAAAGUACUGCUACCACCACCACUCUUGAACAAAGCUCAAAUCGCAUAAAUUUACGAGAGUUAUAGAAAAAAUUCAAUUAGUAUGUUGGGGUUCUAAUUUUUGAAUGUAAUAGUUAAAAAUAGUUUGCUUCUUUUGUACCACCUAUUUUUCUCUUGCGUACCACCGGUUGAGAACCACUGCUGUAGGCAAUCCAACAUAAUGAUUUCAGCUGUCCUCACACCCUUCACUAGAAACACCCUUCCUAAUGCUCAGCCAAUAAAGGCUUAUUUAUAUUUGAUUGCCCUUCAUAUACAGGUUAAUAACUGUGAUUUGCUAGUUACAGAUAAAUGAGAUUUUUGAGACUGACAUUUUCAUAAAUGCAGAUCUGAUAAGCCUCUAUAUAAAUUAGAAAUUCAGAUAUAGAUCUGACUACAUACGUAUACAAAUUAAAAAUACAGAUCUGAUUUUAAGCUGCCCAUGGCAGCAUGGAAAUUAAUGGAGGCUGGCUGCUAAUUUGAAACCAAGGACUUGAUUCAAUCUCAUUUAUGUCUUGGCUGUGUGUGUAUUGCUUUUCUCCUUCUUUGCAGGUUACCUUUUGUGAUACAUCUCUGAUAUCAUUCAUAGUCAUGCAAUUGCUAAAAUACAGAACGAUUUGGCCAUUAUUCCAAACAGAUUCUCAAUCAAUAAAUAUUCUGCCUGUAGAGAACAGAAAAAGAUCUGAGUUUAGAAGUUUAAAGAUAAUGUAAUGAAAUGUAUAAACCCUUUUUCUGGAGUAUUAAAACAAUCCAAUUUUCUAACUUCAAUAGUUUGUGAGGGUCAAGUAAUACAAUUUGCCAAUCCAUACUACUGAUUAUAUUUUAUAAAUGUAUGUAGGGUUGUCCAAAGAUUGAAUAAUUAAAUCUGUCUUGAAUGGUCCAUCAUAAAUUUGUGCCAACCAGUGGCCUAGUAGAAAAGUUGCUGAACAUUGGUAGUUCAGUCCGGGAUUUGAAUUCCAUUACAUGGGCAUUUUUGUGGCUUUCCCCAUGUGUAACAUGUACAUGAGCAAGUAAAAUUACUGUGCAGGCUUCAUGCAGAGAAAAAUAUUGAUUGAAAAAAAAUUUUUUAACAGCAAAAUUAGUCAAAUAACCAAAUUCAUUCAUACCACUAAUAUUAUCCAAACUUACCAUUAAUAUAUCUCUCUAUCUCUUAUCUUAUCUCUUAAAAUAUAUAUAGGUACCAUGUACAAAUAUUGCUAAAAAGGAGCAAGCAGAUUUUCAAAGGUUUUAGAUAUCUGUUUGUAGAAAUGCUAAAAUUUAUUCGUAAAAGUUUUUCAUAGCAUAAUUAAAAUUUUACAGACCUAUUAAUAUCAAAGUUCCUCUUUCAUAAAAGUAAACUGUUUAAAUCAUAAAUUUUACUUUUGAGAAUUAUUUUGUAUAUUGCAGAUCAUUAGAAAGAAGCUUUUUAUUAGGGAUAAGAAAUCACUGACUAAUUUGAACUUCUCUUGUGUAAGAAAAUGAACUAUAUAUUUAAAUUAACUCUAUAUUUCAAUUAAAAGAUGUUGCACAGCCAGAUUGAGAAAUGAUGAUUUGUUUAAAUCAUAAGCAGAAACGUGGCUGUGCAAUUAAUCUUUCACAAAAUAUUUGGACAUAAAUUCUUUUGAAAAUUCUGUAUAGUUGUUAACAUAUUUCUUUGCAUAUUUUCCCCCAUUCUUUUACUAAUAUGAUUGUUCAAAAAUCGAGAGGGCAAAAUUAUGCGAAUCAUUUCAUUUUCAGAGGGUAUGUUUACAGUAAAAACAUAACAAGUGGAAAGUAAUCAUUGAUAAACUGCAGGUAAUUAUUGCAGUAUUAUUUCGUUAAAAGAAAUAUACAUUCCAAUAAGAAUAUGUAAUAAUAUUAUCAUUACAAUAUUUAAUAAAGUAUUUUCAUUUCUACUUUCCUAUAACUUGAAUCUUGUCCAUUCUUAUUGUUGUCUUUGCUGCUUCUUAGGCUUCAAGCCAUCCAUAAAUAAUCGGAGAAGUUGCAUGUGCAACCAACCUGCCAAAAUCACAGACUGAAUGCCAGUUUAUGUUUGCUUCAUUGUCAUGGGCUGGUUUUUAUAUUAGGUUGGCGUAAAGUGCAACAGGUAGAAAGGAAAGUUUUAGCGUGACAUUUUCACGUAGUUUGUGAGGGUUUGCCUUUAUUGUAAAAUGAAAACAAUCACUACAUGGACAAAUCCAUUUUAAAAUGUAAGGGAGCUCAUUUCCUGAACACAAAGUAUUGGAAAAUUACGGAAAAGAGUUGAAAGGGCACUAAAAAAGCGUAAAAUGACAUUUAAUAUUUUUUUAAUUUUCAGUCAAUAAUUCUGGCACUAAAAAACUAACUUGCAUAGUGUCAUUUCUUUGAAUAAAAUAAUCAUAAUCAACAGGCGUAAGUACUUCUCCUUAAUCUGGAAUUGGAACGAGUCACUGGUGUUUUAAAUGCAUAUUUGAUUUCAGGAUUUUAUCAUUCCUCAUAAUAAUUAACUUAACUUUCUGGAAGAUGUGAAGAUUGUACUACCACUGAUUAUUAUUCUAGUCUGUACAAAAUAAAUCAAAACUGUGUACUUUUUGCUGUGCUGUGUCAUACUGAUGUUCUGCAGAUCAGUUUGUGUUCAAAAUAUCAGUUUUGAAACCUGAUUGGCAUAAUCGUUUUAGUGUGUGUUGUAUUAGUGACUGACUGAAUCUAGCUGAUAGACUUUUAAAAAAUCAGUCUCAAUUUAAACAGAUCCCAUAUCUUUCAGUAUUGUGUAUUUUCUAAAAUAUCUUGCACUUACAGAACAGGUAGUCGUCUUUCUUGAUUAUUUGCAUUUCAGGCAUUUGAAAAAAAUGUGGAAGUAGUGUGGCUAGCUUAAUAACAAAUUAAAACACUCUCAGUAUAAUAUGGUAGUAACCUUGAAGAAUAUAGUGGAAGCUGACUGCUAGUCUGAACCCCUAGGUCUGGGUUCAGCUUUUGUGUGAGGCUUGAUUGUUUGUAUGCAUCCUAUCUCUACUUCAUGUAGGUGUAAUGCAAAACUGAAUCCAAAAAUCCAGAUAUCCAACAUCUAGAAUAAUCUAUUAUCUGGACCACUAGCCAAAAAAUAGUUAAUUAAGUAGUUAAAAUAUUAAACCCUUCUUUAUAAUGUCGAGGAAGGGAGAAUGUAACAACAAAAGGAAGCAGGUGUGCCGUAAAUGUGAUUUUUCUUCAGACUGAUGUCACACUCAAUGGCCAAUGCACUGAUUGAUGUUUAUUGAUGUUGGUUUUCAGUCCUGUGGUGAUUUGGGGGGAAGGCAUGGCCAGUGCUGCAGAUUUUUCUGUCUAGUGCAGUUUCUUCAUUUCUUAAAUUCUACCAUCCCUAAUUUUUGCUGCUUGGUGCACCAUUAAAUUCCAAAAUUUUUUAUCCCCUAAAUUCUGACAUCCGGUGCAGCUGUAGUAGUUGCACCUGCUCUGUUGCAAUUGCCUGUGUAGGAUUAGCUGAUCUAAAUGGUAAGUGAACAGGACCGGAUAUAGAUUUGACGAGAUCCUAAACUAAUUGAAAUAUCGGGCCCUUUAUGAGGGAUAUGAGACUUUUUUUUUUCUCCUUAAUACAGGAUAUAGUGCAAUUUUUGAAGGUUUCCUCAAGAACGUGGGGGCCCUAAGCUAUAGCUUGUGCUGCUUAUACGUAAAUCCAGCACUGUAAGUGAAGCCCUGGCAUUGCGAUGUCUGUAUGUCAUCUUACUGAUUUAAGCUAAUGAUUUUAUAAGGUAUUAAUUACUCCUGCAUUCGUGGUGUAGUGGUCUGCACGCUGAGCACAUAUUCCAGAGGUCCGUGGUUCGAUUCUUGGUGAAGGUGUUGCUCAUAUUUCACUUCUCAUGCCUCUAAAAUAUCUAAUGUCUCUACAAUCUAAAACUCAAAAAUUUCCAGAAUUACCAUAGUCUCGACAAUUCCAGAUCUCGUACUUUGUACUGUAUUGAUCUGCUUCCCCACAGUACAACAUAGGCAACAUUUUUGGUAAUUAAUGGAUAAACAGAUCAUGGGUUCAGUUAUUUCCAACAGAUGAUGGAGAAGGAAGCAUUAAAAAAAAAAAAAAAAGAAAGAAAGAAAAGUACAAUUUUGAUAUUUUUGCUUCCUAUUCAAUUUCUUCUAAAGAUUAUUAUAUCAUACUUUCUAAGUAAACACAAAAUGAGGUAGGCACCAAAGAUUUAUUUUUUAUAAUGAACUAGUUCUUAUAGCAUUUUAUUUUAUACUAAUUUAGUACUUUCUUAAAUUCUUACAUGUGUUACUUAUUGAAUUAUUUAUUUACAUUAUUGUGAUACUCAUUCAAUUAUGAUGUGUUGCGUAUUUCAAUUUAAUUGUUUUUCUGAUUUUUAUAUUUGUUGCUUAACUUUUGAUUAUCAGUAUAUGUUCAUUUUUAGUGUACUGUCCUGUGUUUAUUGAUGUUGUAUGGGAGGAAGUAUUAUGUUUGAUCUAUAUAUAGUGAAACUUUCAGUGUUACUGUGAAUGAAACUUCUGGUCAUGUAUUUUACUGUGUGGUUUGUGUGACUUGUACAUUUGUAAAUAGGGUUUUAGAAAGAAUGCUCAUUAGCAUGUAAUUUUAAUCAAAUGUCGAAUGUUGUGAUACAUUUUUAGUGAGUACAGUCAUUAUCUAGUAUUCUUCUAUGUAUUUUAUUAUAGUUAUUUUUUAUUUUUGUUAAUUUUGAAUCAGAAAAUUUUGUUUUAAAAUGUAUUGCCAAAUGUAACACUGAUAUACAUUUUCGCCUUUAAGUAAAGGAAAUUUUUUUAUUAUUUA